AAUGUAGAAACAGUGAACCUUUAUUUCUUGUGCGUAGUUCCUCCAUGAUCGACCGUAGUAUCAGUGUCCGUUAGAUCGCUCGGUGUGUGUCAGACUGCUAAAUCAAAAAACAUGGCCAAGAACAUGACUCUGCUGUGGGGCUCCGGCUCUCCUCCCUGCUGGAGGGUGAUGAUCGCUCUGGAGGAGAAGAACCUGCAGGGCUACAACCAAAAGCUGCUGUCAUUUGAGAAAAUGGAGCAUAAGUCCCAAGAAGUGUUAGAUAUAAAUCCGAGAGGACAGCUUCCCUCUUUCAAACAUGGAGACCUCAUCGUGAAUGAAUCCUAUGCAGCCUGUUUUUACCUGGAGAGUCGGUUUAAGACCGAGGGAAACAAACUGAUCCCAGACAACCCUGCAGAACAAGCUCUGAUGUACCAGCGCAUGUUUGAGGGACUCAGCUUCUACGACAAACUCAAUGGAGUUAUCUACUAUGAGUGGUUUGUACCUGAAGAGGAGAGGCAUGAGUCAGCUCGAAAGAGAAACAAGGAAACUUUGGUCACUGAACUCAACCUCUGGGAAGGUUACCUGAAGAAGCUGGGCUCGGGCUCUCACCUGGCAGGACCGUCCUUCUCGCUGGCAGAUGUGACCGUGUUUCCAACUGUUGCUUAUCUUUUCAGAUUUGGGUUGUCUGCUGAAAGAUACCCUCAACUGGGAGAGUAUUACGCUCUGCUGAGGGAGAGGCCCAGCAUCAAAGCCAGCUGGCCUCCUCAUUGGCUCGAGAAACCUGAAGAACAACACGCCCUCAAAGACAUCUGAGAUCCUCCCUCAUUUUUCCAGCCACGUCUGCCUGUAGUGUUUUAGUUUGGUUUCUGUAAAAGUGCUUUUGUCUGAUAUCGCUUCAGCUUACAGUUUGUCAAAUAUGCUGCAGCUUUUUUACUUUUCUCACACUGAAAAGAAAACAUUGUGUUGAAAUUACCAGUAUGUUCUUGAUCUGUCUCUGUACAGCAGCAAUGAUGUAGUUCUUAUUUUUUUUAAUUUUUUUGCUAAAAUAACUUUUAGAUUGAGUUGAGAUUUUUUUUUUAGAUACACGCUCCUCUCAAAUAUUUGUCAAGGCUUUGAGAGGCUGUGUAAACCGUGAAGCAUAAGCCUGCAGAUUAGACAUUGUUAGAUUGUUCAGAUAGCAGCUUUUGUUGCCCAGAUACAUGACUUGUUCACUGUAUGUAACCUUAAUCUGUUGGCUAAUAUAUGUAUUGGUUGCUAUAACAGCAGUUUUCAAUACAAGUUGAGUCUUCUUCUGAA